UGUGUGUGUGUCUAUGGGGCGUGUACUUUGCUGAAUGUGUGUGUUCAGUGUUGAGCUAGUAGAUUUUCCGGACACUCCUAAAUAAUGAAAUGUCUCCUUUCAAACUCAAAAAAGCGGAACAAAUCGAGUCAGAUGACAACCGUGAAGCCGUAGUUGCACUGGUACUGGUGUAGCUCAAUUGUUCUUUUCGUUUCACAUCCCUGCGUGUAGGCGAAUUGUGUUUGUGGCAUUUGUCGUUUACCCUGACGGAUGUCUUUCCCCCCAUAGGUGAUCUUUAUGUAGCUUAAUUCGGUUCGCAAAGCCAAUGGUUUUAGGAAUUUCGUGUAAUGGAGUGAGGAUGUUGGAAGCCUUGCCCAACUCAUAGACUGGAAUUCAGCGCUGACCUUGGGAAGAUGAAGCUACCCGAAACAGGAGCGUGGAAUUAAACACAUUUUCCAGUCAGCGAUGAUGGUGAGCGUAUUAGACUAUAUUGGGAAAAGUAAUUUCGCGACAGCAUAACAUUACUGUGGACUUCGAGGAGCCGCGGGUCUUCGUUUACCGGCGGACCACGUACCAGGCGGGAUCAAUGACCCUUUCGCGCGGCCACCUGGACAUAUGCCUGCUCUACCUGUCCUGGAGUCUGUGGGCUUCUGCUGUUGCCUUGGAAAAGAUCGAGUUGGAUGAGCGCCCGGGUGUCACAUGUGGACAGGGUCUGACUGGCUGCAGAGUGGAAGAUGAGGUUAUCCCGAGUCCUGAUUCUGGUAAUGUGCAUGUGAGAAAACUGGACGUCAGAGCUUUUCUUUGCUGUCGAAGAGGGAGUGACUGCAGACCAUGUCUUCGGAUCCAAAUCCACAUCGCCAUCGAUGGUCUCCAGGAUGGCAAUGAGCUGUCUGGUGAUGAUGAUGAUGAUGAUGAUGCACAACAGAAAGGCUAUGUGAGUUUGUGUUGCAACAUCCCGAAUGGUUGGCCUGUGUGCAAGCGGCUGGAAUUCAGACCGCCCCCUCCUGUUGUGGAGGACCAUCACAAAGCAGAGGUUCAGUUCUCUCUCUCUCUGCUGGUGUCCGAGAAGGUAUACUUUGGCAGUCAGUUGCUGGUGUCGGCACAAACCCUGAAUCAAAGCAUCGUUGUACCUCAGAAAGCCCCCAAACUGCAAACGGUAAUUAACAAGGAGAAGAAGGUGGCCCUACUGCAACUGGACGAGGACAUAAACGCCAUCUCUCCCGUGGAAAUAUGCCAGAAAUAUGGAGAGACUGGGGAGUGCCGAUAUCAGCAGUGGAAUGGGACACGUUUGUCCAUUUCUCUGGACUCUGUUCCCUCCUGCCUUUGCUUCCAGGUGAGGAGGAGAGACGGUGGUCCGGUUGGGCAGGCAUGCCCUUUCCAGAGCUCUAAAGAAUUGCUUGAGAGAACAUGGCAAAGGGUGCAGGUAUCGAUGGCUCCAGCUCGGACUAACGUUGGCGAGCCGGCGUUGGCCUGGAACCUCACUGCCCCCUGCAGGCUGGAGGCUGAACUGUGGCUGUGCCGGAUGGAGAGGAGUGCAUUCGGACAGGACUGCAGAGAGGUGGAAGGUUCCAGGCAGAAGGUGGAGAGCGGGAGGCAGGGAGACUGGAAGAGGAUCCUCCGGGGCCACUGGGUGAAAGGAGAAUUCCUGGGCUUUGUUCCCCUUCCAUCUAUGUGUGUGCAGGUGCAGGUGACUGGGAUGGACAGACCGCUGGACCCCAGGUGUCCCUUCUCUGCCUCUAGGUGGCGCUGGGUCUUCCCUGUCGUGCUGGGUGCAGCGAUGAUCUGUGUGGCUGUCCUAGGAGCAUGCCUUUUUCCGGGCACUCUCAAAGGUUGUGUGAGCCACUGGUGUAAAGAUGAUGGUUUAAGAGGGGCAGUGUGCAGGAGGCAGGUGGUGUUGCUCUGCCCCCCAGACCUGGACCCCGCUGUGGCAGUGCUGGUGUCCCGCCUGGGCACCGCGCUGUGCUCCCUGGGCUUGGCCGUCACCGCAGACCUGUGGAGCCGGGCAGAGCUGGGGGCCCUGGGGCCUGUGCCCUGGCUGUACGGGCAGCUGGACCGGCUGGGGCCGGCGGGAGGCCAGGUGGUGCUCAUACUGACUCCGGCAGCCUGGGAGAGGCUGGGGCGGUGUCCUGGGGCCGGGCCCGAGGAGCGGGGCCAGGGGACGUCUCCGUACGCGGAUGUUUUCGGCGCCGCACUGGGCUGCCUCCUGGCUGACGCCCUGCAGGGCGACCGCAGAGGCCGCUUCACCCUGGCGCGGUUCGAGGGCCCGCCCUCCCCCGGCUCGGGCGGGGCCGCUCCCGGGCCCCCGGCGGCCCACGGCCUGCGGCCCUACGCCCUCCCCUCCCAGUGCCUCCCCUUCGUCAUGGAGCUGACGGGACGGAGUUUGGUGAGGAGCUGGCCCGCCUCUCGGGCGCUGGAGCGGGCCCUGAGGGGGCGCGGUGAGCGGGGCCCAGGGUCAGGAGACCCAGGGGAGGCCCUGUCCCUCAUGGGCGCUCACAAGCCCCAGACGCACAAAGACUGGGCCAAAGACACACCCCGAGUAUAGGCGUAAUCUAGACGGUCAAGAUGAAGAUGAGACAAGAGUUCAGAAUUUCAGCUUUCAUUUCCUGGUAUUUACACCGAGAUGUGUCAAACGACUUAGAACAUAGCACCUUUGGUAUCAGACCAGCCAAUUUUUUAGGUGAAAGGUAUUGGAGAAUAUUGAAGUAAAUUAAAGUAAAUAACACUUGUGGUAGUGUAUCCCUGGCUUUUGCCAUAACUCUUAUCAACCCUGCAACCCAUUGACGUCACCAAAGUGUUGCAUUCCUCGUUUGUGAUGCUUUUCCAGGCUUUUACUGCAGCCUCUUUCAGUUGUUGUUUGUUUCAGGGGGGCUGUCCCUUGUGUAAGGGAAAACCUCUCCUCUUCAGAAGGUGAAAUGCAUGCUCAAUUGCGUUAAGGUGAUUGGUGAUUGACUUCAUUUGCAUAACAUUAAUAUGCUAGGUGUUUAGCAACCACCUAGUAAUACCAUGGCAACCAAUUAACAACACCAUAGCAACCAGUUAACAACACCAUAGCAACCACCAUAGCACAGAACAUCUCUGACCACACAACACGACCAAACCUUGGAUGGGCUACAGCAGCAGAAUACCACACUGGUUUCCACUCCUGUGGGGCAAGAACAGGAAACGGGCUACAGUGGGCACAGGCUCACCAAAACUGAGUUGAAGAUUUAAAAAAAUCUGUUCUGAGGAAUCUUGAUUCCUGCUGCGACAUCAAUCCAUCCAUCCGUCCUGCCGCUGUGUUAAAGGUUCAGGCUCCAGUGUGGCCUUCUGCUGCUGUCGCCCAUCCAUUUCGAGGCUUGAAACAGUAUUGUGCAUACUUGGCCCUUGUCCUUUUCUUUGUUGUACAGGUAGCAGUUGAAAUUGUACUUACCUCUAGGGUCUUUCAGCGAACUUAUCCCUGGUUAUGGGUAUGCACUUUGUUGUACGUCGCUCUGGAUAAGAGCAUCUGCCAAAUGCCAAUAAUGUAAUGUAAUGUGCAUUCAGAUGCCCUUCUGCAAACCACUAUCGCUGUUAUUUGAGCAUUUGUGGCCUUUCUGUUAGCUUGAAUGCUAUUUAGUAUUGUCAAUUUGAACAGUACCAAUCACAGAAAAUCAGAAUAAAUGCAGAACAGGAUGGGC